AUGGAAGUCGACAUUGCGCCCCAGUUCGGCGCCGAGUUGAAGGAUGGCUUCAAGAAUGUCAACGCCUGGGUCUCAGGCGGCAUAGCUUGGCUGGAUGACAUCCAACAAUUCUACCGAGAACGCAGUGUCAUAGAGAGGGAAUAUGCUGCGAAGCUCAGCGCACUGGCGAAGAAAUAUUAUGAGAAGAAAGCGAGGAAGUCGAGCGCUCUGAGCGUGGGCGAGACUCCUACCGUCACCCCCGGUUCGCUGGAAUGCGCAUCCAUGACCACAUGGGGGGUGCAGCUAUCGACGCUCGAGUCGCGUGCUUCCGAACACGACCAAUUCGCAACCGCCCUUGUCUCCAACCUCGCCGACCCCCUUAAGUUUUACGCUACUCGAUACGAAGAGCUACGGAAGUUACACGCCGACCAUGCUGCAAAAUUGGAAAAGGAGCGUGACUCCACAUAUGCAGACUUGAGGAAGAUGAAGGGGAAGUACGACAGCGUCUGCCAGGAGGUGGAAAAUCGCCGGAAGAAGACUGAAGGCGCAUUUGACCACGGGAAACAGAAAGCGCGCAACGCUUUCGAGCAACAGCAGGCGGAAAUGCGCAACGUCAAAAACACAUAUGUUCUCACGAUCAAUGUGACCAAUAAGCAAAAGGAAAUGUACUACCACGAGUACGUUCCCGAGGUGCUUGAUAGUCUUCAAGAUCUCUCCGAGACCAGAGUCACUAAGCUCAACUCCAUAUGGGCCCUUGCCGCGCAAAUCGAGACGCAAACCCUCACACGAAGCACCGAUUUCCUAAAACACCUCUCUGCUGAAAUCCCACGAAAUAACCCUGCGCUUGACUCCAUGAUGUUUGUAAGACACAACGCCGGUUCAUGGCAAGAGCCAGGCGACUUCCAGUUCGAACCGAGCCCAGUAUGGCUCGAUGAUGGAUCGAUCGCAACCGACGAAGCAGCGGCAGUCUUCCUUCGCAACGUUCUCACGAGGUCGAAAGCAUCGUUGCAGGAGCAUCGACGCGAGCUAGACAAGAAAAAGAAAGAGGUGGAGAAUGCGAGAAAAGUGCGGCAGAACAUACGCGACGGCAAAGAUAAGAGGGAUGAGGUGGAAGUAGUGCGCGCUAUUUUCGCUCUACAAGAGAAUAUGCACGAUGUCGAGCGUCAGAAAGUCAACGCUGAAGUCGAAGUCUCGACAAUUACCUCCGUCGUGGGCGACUUGAGCUUAGGCGCUAGGAGCCACAAUUUUAAAUCUCAAACCUUCAAAAUACCGACAAAUUGCGAUUUGUGCGGGGACAGAAUAUGGGGAUUGUCUGCGAAGGGAUUCGAUUGCAAAGACUGUGGAUAUACAUGCCAUAGCAAGUGUGAGCUCAAAGUUCCUGCAGAUUGCCCCGGCGAACAGACCAAAGAAGAGAAAAAGAAGCUCAAGGAAGAGCGACAAAAGUCUGCUGGUGUUGCACCGCCGCCGUCAAAUGGCAAUGCAGUGCCAGGCAGCAUGCCUGCACUAAGUCGAAGCGACACAGUCAACUCGAUGAACACGCUAAGUUCCGGGUACUCAGCCACGGCGAAUCGAUCUAUAUCUGGUGGUUUGACGCCAACGGCUGAAGAAGCUCCAGCACCAGAGAAGAAACCUGCGGUAACAGCGCCGAGAAGGAACCGUAUCGUUGCACCUCCGCCUGCACAAUAUAUCAAAAGCGACGAUCAAGAUCCUCCACUCCCUAGUCCUUCGAAGACUGCCGAACAAAAAGGACGCAUGCUCUACCAAUAUCAGCAAGGUAGCGAGGGCGAACUCACAGUGGCUGACGGCAGAGAUGUAACGAUUUUGGAACCGGAUGACGGCUCGGGCUGGAUGAAAGUUCGUGCCGGUUCGAAAGAAGGCCUCGUUCCCGCGUCUUAUGUCGAAGUCCUUCCCCUUACACCUCCCUCUUCCAACCGUCCCGACUCCACCUACUCAGCCUCCUCCGUGUCGCUAGCAGGCAGCGUUGCCGGCGGCGGCACCAUCAAGAAAAAGGGUCCAGCAGUUGCACCCAAGCGCGGUGCGAAGAAGCUAAAGUACGUUGAAGCUAUGUACGACUACACGGCGCAGAGCGACGCCGAGCACAGCAUGUCCGAGGGCGAGCGGUUCGUCCUCAUCAACAUGGACGCUGGGGAUGGUUGGGCGGAUGUCGAGAAAGAUGGCGUGACGAGGAGUGUGCCUGGGAAUUACAUCCAGCAAGUCUGA